AUGGCUAUUGGAAAAAACAAGCGCAUUACCAAAGCUGGUUCCGGCAAUAAAAAGAAGAUAGUCGACGUUUUCGCUCGAAAAGAGCAUUACAUCGUGAAAGCGCCAUGCUACUUCAACGUAACUAACAUUGGAAACACCAUUGUAUCCAAGUCUCAUGGUUUAAACAAGUCGGAAGACUCCUUGAAAGGCCGAAUCUUCGAUAUCAACAUGGCAGACCUCCAGAAGGAUGAAGGCCAGUGCCACCGUAAGGUUCAACUCAUUUGCGAAGAAGUCCAGGGCCGCAACGUUUUGACUGAAUUCCACGGUCUUCGAGUUACUCGCGAUUACUUAUGCUCGCAAAUCCGCAAAAGACACACCAUCAUCGAGGCCAACACUGAAAUAGUAACUCUCGAUGGAUUCACUCUUAGACUUUUCUGUUUCGGUUUCACCAAGGACACUUACGGAAAGAAAAAAAUCAACUGUUACGCUAAGUCUUCUCAGCAACGUGCCAUUCGUGCCCGAAUGAUUCGCAUCAUGCGUCAAGAAGCCAGCAAAUACCAGCUUCGUGAUCUCGUUAAAUGCUUCAUCCCUGAAGGUAUUUCGAAGAAGAUAGAAAAGGCCUGCAACGUGAUAUACCCACUCCACAGUGUCUCUAUUUUCAAGGUCAAGGUUAUCAAGAAGCCAAGACAAGAUUCUUCUCGUAUCUUCGAAAUUCACACCGCUACUGCCGAAGCUGCUUCAGUAAACGAACCAGCCGAGGCUAAGAAUCUAUUGACUGCAAAUCUUGCCGCCUAA